UUGUAAAAGGGUCGAUCCGCCUUUUCAAAACAAAUAUCCAUGCAAAUUUUGGAGCUGGAGGCUCCGUUUCGCAAAUGGGCUGACCAACCAUAUCCACUUGGAAAGUUUGGAGCUCAUUUCUCCAAUGGCCACCCGCAGCAGGCUCUUAGGAGGACCCGACACUACUCUCUUCUCCUCUCGAAACUAAAACCAAAGCAGCAGCUACACCAACGACAACCUCUAUAUCAUUCUCUCCGCCAAUCCAACUUCAGUACCCCAAAACUCUGCUGCUGCUUGUUCCGCUCUAACUCUCUUCACUUGCCCUCAAGAAAAGGUCUCACUGUUUUAGCAGUUGAAGAUAAGGAACCCGAGAUUGCGGAGGAGAUUAACAACUUGAGCCAGGAGAAUGGUGACUUUGAAUCCGAGAAGCAAACCAAACCAUGCGAACUAUACGUCUGUAAUCUUCCAAGGUGUUCCGACAUUGCAGACCUUGUAGAAAUGCUCAUGUCUUUCGGCCCUGUUCUUUCUGUUGAGGUUUCUCGGAACCCUGAGACCGGUGUAAGCCGAGGAUGUCGUUACAUCACAAUGAGUUCUAUAGAGUCGUCAAGGAAUGCAGUCUCUGCAUUGGAUGGAUCAGUUGAGAUGUCGGUGGCAGGGAGAAGGAACCCUGAGGCUCUGAACUCAGCACCCACAAAACACCUAUUUUAUGAAAGUCCACAUAAGUUGUGCAUAGAUCUUCCCUGGAGUACAAAACUGGAGUAGCUGAGGAAUCUAUUUAGCCAGUUUGGGGUUGUGGAUAGUGCAAGGGUGUUGUAUGAUCGUAGAGGAGGAAAGAACCGUACUUAUGCCUUCCUUUCAUUUUCAUCUUCUGCAGAACGCGAUGCUGCACUUUCAAUGAAUGGAGCAGUUAAGCUCAGUAGCAUCCUCCCUUCUUUCAACUUUCUCUCUUCUUUCACUUCGUUUGUCAUUGUUACCCAUUAAUUGAAUUUUUCUUGCGGGACUUCCAUGAUCGUGUUUUAGUUGUUAAAAGAGGGGUUGAGAGACGACCAAGCUCUGACUGAGAUUUUGCUGCUUGCAUAUAUGUAAGGAGGCUGGACAAAUACAAUAGCUCGAAGCAUUCUCCUUACUUGAAAGUUUAAGCAUUCUAAUUAGCUGAAACUAAUAUUGCAUAUUCAUGUGCUCUGAUAUACUCUCGUAGCCUCUUGUUUUCUGAAAAAAGCUGUGUGUAUAUACU